AUGGAUUGUGGUCUUGUGCAGGUCAUAAUGGUUGAAACCGAAGCAAAUGAUCAAGCUAUUGAACUACAUGUAACUGAAGAUAUUGACACAAAUGAUUUUGUAGAAGCAACAUGUGAAUCUGAAAAAAUUAACGAUGUUGAUGUGAACAUUGAGUGUGACGAAGAUGAAGUUAGUGAUGAAAGUAUAUUGGGAAAGGUUUUCGAUACCGCAGAUGAUGCAUAUAACUUUUAUAAUGAUUAUGCGUUUUUACAUGGAUUUGGUAUACGUAAAAAUGACAUAUUUAAAAGCUUGAAAACAAAUUAG